GAAAAAAAAAAAGAAAAACAAAAUCAGAGAAAGAUGGUGAAAGCCCCAGAAGAUGAGCACCCAGUGAAGGCCUUCGGGUGGGCUGCCAGGGACACUUCUGGAAUUCUUGCCCCCUUUCAUUUCUCAAGAAGGGCAACUGGGGAAAAAGACGUGAAAUUGAAGAUUUUGUACUGUGGGGUUUGCCAUUCGGAUCUCCACAGCGUGAAGAACGAGACGGGCCGGGUCACCUACCCCGUUCUCCCCGGCCACGAGAUUGCGGGGAUCGUGACCGAGGUGGGCUCCGGCGUGACCAAGGUCAAAGUCGGGGACCAAGUUGGGGUCGGUUGCAUGGCAGGCUCGUGUCGUACGUGCGCCAGCUGUAAGGACGACCUCGAAAACCAGUGCCCAAAUAUGGUCCUCACGUACCGGAGCAAAUAUUUCGACGGGACUCCGACUUACGGAGGCUACUCGGACAUCAUGGUAUGUGACGAGCAUUUUGUGGUCCGUUGGCCCACCGGCAUGCCGCUCGAUGCAGGCUGUCCGCUUCUCUGUGCUGGAAUCACUACGUACAGCCCGAUGAAGUUUUUCGGGCUGGACAAGCCUGGGAUUAGCCUUGGCGUAGUGGGCCUUGGCGGGCUGGGCCAUGUGGCCGUCAAGUUUGCCAAGGCGUUUGGGGCUAAGGUGACUGUGAUUAGCACGAACCCUGAUAAGAAGGAGGAGGCCAUCAAGAGUCUUGGGGCCGACUCGUUUUUGGUCAGCCACGAUCAAGAUCAAAUGAUGGAAACUCAAGAGAUGAUGGAUUUUGCAGCAAAACACAACAUAACAGCAGAUAUUGAGGUUAUCCCAAUGGAUUACAUAAACGAAGCUAUGGAACGUUUGGAGAAAGCAGAUGUUAAGUACCGAUUCGUGAUCGACAUUGCUGGAAGUCUUAAAAAUGCAUAA